GUUAAAUAGAACAAGAUAAGAAUGGGUUCUUUCAUUUUUUUUUGUCAUGUUUACUAAUCUUAUACAAUCUUAAACGUUUUAUUUAAGUAUAAUUCAAAUAUAUGGUAAUAUUAUACUUUUAGUCUUGUAAAAUUUAAAGAUUAGUAAUUCUCCAUUAAAAAGCACUCUUUAAGAGAUAUAACAUUUUUUUUUCUUUUGAGUAAAUGGGCCUAUUCUCUGAAUAAAUUCUUUUUCUUUGAGUACUACUCAAAACAUAUUCUACGAUUUGAUUUCCUUGAUAUAUUUCAACAGAGUACUACUACAAAAUACCGGAAAAUACGUCAGUGAAAUACCAAACAUAGUAUAAACAUAGAAAUUUUCUUCCCUACAGCAAUGUCAACUUCUCCAAGAUCAACAACACCGCCCGAGUCAUUGACAAAACUAAUGACAUCGGUCAAGUUUACAGGGGAUGCAGUUGAGACAGCUGUUUGCGAAAAGAAGAAGACACCGGAAAUGGAACAAAAAUCUUUCUUUUUCAAAGACUUGAAGGAGCUAAAAGGGCGUUUAUCGGAAAAAUGGCACGAGAAACUACCCGAGCUGCAAGAUCGCUUGCCAGACUCCAUUUCCACAUUUAUCACUGAAAAAUUAGAUUCGUCUGAUAAGAAAGAGUCGCAAAUGAAAAAAAGCGUUAGCGUUGAUACAGUUCCCUCUGAGAGAAGCUCUCCAGGAAAGCAUUCGAGACAUUCAAGUGCCGAUUUCAAAUUGAGUCCUGAUUUUGAAUUAGUCCCACCUGCCUCUAUGGAUGACGCGGAUGAAGAAGGCGAGGAAUUAACCGAAGAUUUUGAUAAUACACCACCUCAUUUGCCAAAAACUUCCUCUAAAUCUUAUCCCUUAAAUUUGAAUGAACUUCUAGAGCAGCCUGUAAAUGAAACGCGCCCUAAGUCAAAUCCCAGUAAUUUUCAUCCAAAAUGGAAACCGUCAUUCAGCAAAGGUCACUUAUUUUUAGCUCUACUUGUAUUACUUGCAGCUAUAUGUUCACCUAUAUGUUCAUUUAUGUCUGGUUUAAUUAUUGGUGCUUGUUUGUCGGCGCUUGUUGUGCCUUUUAUCAUCUAUACGUUCAACCCAUGGCAUUUCAACCCACCACCAUUGCCAGAUGUUAAAGAUUUACCUCCUAUGCCACCUAGUCGAGGAUUAGCCGACAGAUCCUGUAAAUUUGAAGGCUGGAUGAAUAUAUUAUCAAACGGAGAGUAUAAUUCGGAAAAUUUUCAUCUGAUAGACACAAAGAGCGCUUUUGUUCAGUUAGAUACUUGCAUUUUGAAUGUGAAAAUUGCUCUGCAAUCACUCCCUCGCCGAGCAUGCUAUAAACACAAUCUUCCAAUACCGGCCCAGGCACAAUUCCUUGAUGAGUCUAUGACGGUCGAUUUAAGAGAUUGUAAUGUUAUUUUACUUCCUGAUAGAUUGGUUCAUAAGAGACUUUGGAGUAAAAAAUAUCCGAUAUGCAUAAAGCCUUCAGAUGGAUCAAAGAACAUUAUACUCUUUGCUAGAACUUGCCUUCAAAAAGAGCAAUGGUUUCAUCGUAUGAAUUCGGCUUCUUUAAAUAUGCCCAUUCCAUCAAAGUUACCUGAUAUAGGUAAAAAAGGAACACUGGAAAAACGUUUGAGUACCUCUGCAUUGGAAACACUUGUCAAAGAUCAAUCUUUACCUAGUAUGAAUAAUCCAGAGGCUUCUUUGGAGUCUCUCAUACUUCAUUUAUCUCGAAUUCUACCUCCAGAAUCUCUUUGUAGUACAAAGCCGAAAAUUAGCUGUGAAAAAAUUGGAAGAGUCCUUUGUGAACCUUCAAUGAUAUGGAUAAACGCUAUCAUCUCAAGAAUCCUCUGGGAUGUUCUAAAACAGCCUCUUUGGGCUGCUAGAAUAAUGUCAAAAAUUCAAAAAAAACUAGCUAAAAUUAAUAAACCAGUCUUUGUUGAUGAUCUCGUGAUAGUUGGAAUAGACCUGGGGAAAGCAGUACCAAUACUCAGAAGAAGCGCAGUCCCCUAUGUCGACUCAGAUGGACUCUGGAUCGAUAUAGAUAUGGCUUAUAGUGGCGGUGUAGCCUUAUCUAUCGAAACAAAGGUGAAUCUUUUGAAGUUACGUAAAAGCGAUAGUGUAACCUCGUCGCCAACAACCGAUAAAAAAAGCCCCGUUACGGAUUCCGAUGAAGAGGAUAGUGCCGAAAGUUCAACUGACGAAGAACCCGAGGAUGUGAGCGACUCUGAGAAAAACUCGAAUGGACUGCACACUGGAGUUGGUGCUCGCUUACAAAAGAGUGUUAAUAAGAAGAAAAUAAUGCAGUUAGUAGAUCGAAUAACAAACAGCAGAUAUUUUCAUGCUGCAGCUGAAAAUAGAUAUGUGCAAAGAGCAAUGAAAGAAGUAUCUAACACACCCAUUCAAUUGACAGUUGAUAUAAAAAGUUGCGUUGGAACUCUAGUAUUGCAUAUACCACACCCACCGACUGAUCGUUUAUGGUGGGGUUUUAAACACCCUCCUCACAUGUGGCUUACUGCAACUCCAAAAAUUGGAGAGAGACAAGUAAGCGUUACUCACGUCACAGAUUGGAUAGAAAACAAACUUGUAAAAGAGUUCGAAAGGAUAUUGGUUCUACCAAAUAUGGACGAUAUACCAUUAGAGCCAAUUUUAAUGGAUGAAGGAUUUUUAGAAAAAAUUUGAAAUAUCAUUUUAUUUUUAUUGCAGAAUGUUAUUUUCAUUGCAAAAAAUUUAUAUAACUGCUUAAGAACAUUGUUCUUUAUUUCCGAGCCUACUUUUGAAACUUUCAAAAACAAAUAUAUAUAUAUAUGUAUGCAUAUACAGACAAUUGCAUUGAGAAAAAUUAACGAGUCCGUUCAUAUACGCCAUCUGGUGUGACAUACAAAGUGCAUCAAAUAAGGUUAGCUAGUAAAUUACGUAAUUAUUGUCAUAUUUAAAAAGGUAAUAAGAGAUCAUGCGGGCAUAACGAUAACGAAUAUUAAUAUUAAAUCUUUAUUCACCAAUAUUAAACGAAUUUGCUGCAAAAGUAAUGAAAACAACUGAUGUCUAUAUAUUAAAUAUGUUUCGUUUUAAGAUUAUCAGUCGUACAGGAAGAUAAACAUCUAUUCGUCAGUUUAAAGUACAAGUACGUAAAGAUUUAUUAUCAUCUGCUAUGAAUUUACAAACUAAUCGUGACCGCUGUAAGUCAAGAGUCACGAUUCAUUCUUAUUUUAGCAAUUUCAUUAAUAACUGAUGCUAAACCAAUAUUAAAAAAAAAUCUCUUUGCUACAGUUUUAUUAUUCAAAUAUAUAAAUUUAUAUAUAUAUUUUUU